AUGACCGAAAUACCUACUCAACCACCUUCUCGUUCACUAAAAGACAAAGUCGCUAUUGUCACAGGUGCGGGAUGCUUUGGAGAUGGCAUUGGAAAUGGUAGGGCUAUAACAAUCAUGUUGGCCAACGAAGGCUGUAACGUGAUAUGCCUUGACAUGAAUCUCGAAUGGGCAACAACGACAGCUGAUAUGGCCAACCGAAGCUCAGGCGCCAUCAAGGCGAUUCCAGCACAAGGAAAUGUCACAAAUGCAAACGAUUGUGAGAAUACCGUUGCGCUUGCAAUGAAAGAAUUUGGUCGCCUGGAUAUUCUUGUCAAUAAUGUCGGCAUAGCAGGGGCCCCGGGCACUGCCAUUGAUGUGGAUAUGGACAAAUGGACGAUGGGGCUUGAAGUCAAUGUUACAAGCAUGGUUUUGAUGGCAAAGUAUGCUAUACCCGCAAUGGCUAAGAAUGACGGUGAAGUCAAAGGGUCUAUCGUCAAUAUGGGGAGUGUAGCCGGUUUAAAGGGCGGUACACCUCACCUUUUGUAUCCAACCGCAAAGGGGGCGGUGGUAAAUAUGACCAGGGCCAUGGCUGCUCAUCACGCCAAAGAUGGUAUAAGAGUCAACUGCGUGUGUCCCGGAAUGCUAUAUACACCGAUGAUGUACGCGAAUGGCAUGUCAGAAGAGGCCAGGGAAGCGAGGAAGGCGAGGAGUCUACUCGGGACUGAGGGUACAGCUUGGGAUGCUGCCUGCGCAGUUGUGUUUUUGGCGAGUAAUCAUGCAAGGUGGAUUACCGGAGCUAUCUUGCCAGUGGAUGCUGGAACAACUGCUGCAGUUGGAACUAGCUUGCCUGCUGGUUCAAGCGUUAAUGGUUGA